UAGAGUCAGAGUAGUCCAAAAAGAGUCAGAGUAGAGUCCAAACAGAGUCCAAACAGAGUCAGAGUAGAGUCCAAACAGAGUCAGAGUAGAGUCAGAGUAGAGUCCAAACAGAGUCAGAGUAGAGUCCAAACAGAGUAGAGUCAGAGUAGAGUCCAAACAGAGUAGAGUCAGAGUAGUCCAAACAGAGUCAGAGUAGAGUCCAAACAGAGUCCAAACAGAGUCCGAGUAGAGUCCGAGUAGAGUCCGAGUAGAGUCCGAUAGAGCGAUGGCCCGUCGUGACCUGCCCGCUUUCCUCCACGGCUUCGACCUGGGCGCCCACUACGUCGACCCCCGACCUUUAGGCUCAGGGGUCACGGGCCUCGUCCUGUCUGUGCUGGACCAGCGGCUCGGCCGGCGCGUGGCGGUGAAGAAGCUGGCGAUGCGCGACGCGGUGAGCGUGAAACACGCUCUGCGGGAGGUCAAGAUCACGCGCCGGCUUCGCCACGACAACGUGGUCGCCGUGCUGGACGUGGUGGCGCCCAGGGGUCGGCCCCUCCCCCACGACCCCGCCCGCCUCAGCGCCGUGUACAUCGUCCAGGAGUGCAUGGAGACGGACCUGGCUCGGGUGCUGGCCCAGGGGGCCCUGCCCGCCGAACACGCCACCCUCCUCUUCUACCAGCUGCUGCGGGGGUUAAAGUUCAUCCACUCGGCCAACGUGCUCCACAGGGACCUGAAGCCAGCUAACAUCUUCCUGGACACGGAGCAGCUGCUGCUGAAGAUAGGAGACUUCGGCCUGGCUCGCAUCGUGGACCCUCACUACUCACACAAGGUCAGUCUGUCACUCUGGGUCAGUCUGUCACUCUGUCAUCUGGGAAGCACUGAGCGUGUCAGGACACCGACGGGGCUGUCCGGCAGCCAAUCAGAGUGUUCGGUCACUGACCGUGUCACACAGCCAUUGUCACAAAGCUUGUGUUGAGUUGAGCUGGUUUGGGGUGGGAUGAAAUUCUCUUAAAUUCCUUUUGAGUUCAAUUAGUUGAAUUUCGUUUCAAUUGAAUUGAGUAAUUCAGUUCAGGUCAUGCCCAAGGGGGUUCUUACUGUGUGCAAAUUAGUCUGGUAGC